CUACCGUUAGCGAAUGAUUUUUCCGGAUAUUUAUCUUACUAGUACAUUAUUUUCUGUCAAAAAGUGAACAUUUGUCAUGACUCUUUGCCAAGUCAUCUUUAAUGUAUAUAAAUUGUCAUAAGUUUAAUGAACACCAAUUUUACAACAAUAUGGAGAUAGUAAUGGGGAGUACCAGUCAGUUGUAUAGUCUCUCGUGGGGAGAAUUCAGCUCAUCUUUGGCCUCUGCUGUACAAUUACUUAGAGGACAUGGAGAUUUAGUCGAUGUAACAUUAGCAGCAGGAGGGCGUAGCUUUCCUGCACACAAGAUUGUUCUAUCGGCGGCAAGUCCAUUUUUGCUGGAUUUACUGAAGAGUACACCUUGUCAACAUCCAGUAGUUAUGCUAGCUGGUAUAGGCGCAGAUGAUUUAGAAUCAUUAUUGGAGUUUGUUUAUCGAGGUGAAGUCAGCGUCGAACCAUCUCAACUACCUUCUCUUCUUCAAGCUGCUCAUUGUUUGUGUAUUCAUGGUCUAACACCACCAACAAUAUUAACCGAAAGUGGCGAAGAAGUACCUGCAUCUGCAAUACCAGCAGCUAGUGAAGCUUUGUCUCGUGAAACUCUUAGUUCGUAUUUCCCUUUAAAAAGGAGAAAAAAGAGAAGAAAGUCUUCUUCAUCGUCGGGAAAGUGGCCACGUGGAAGUAUGACUAAUGAUAAUGAAAAUAGACAUUUAAAUACGCACGCAGAUGACCAUGCUACUACUGAUUAUGAUCCAAAGGAUAUCGAUGCUCAUCAUGGUGAUGACACAGCAGCAAGCGAUCAGUUGGGAUAUACAAAUCAUCAGGAUAGCCAUUCACCUCCCUCCAAAGAGGCUAAGCGAGUAGCAACCGAAAAUUCUCAAGCAGGAGCUCAUCAGGAACAUACGUCAGAUAGUGAACAUCACUUACAGACAAUGACGUCGAUACAACAAUAUUCACCACUGCAUAUACCUCAGUUUCCUGGUUCAAUAAACAUGGGUUAUCCACCGGGUGUACCGCUUUCUCUAACACAAGGAUCAGCAGCCGGUACAGCUACGUGUAAUAUAGCAGGAAGUUUAAAAGUUCGUGGUGCUUCAGAUUGUCCUGGGAUGUGUCCACUUUGUGGUGCUACGUUACGUCAAGCAAGAAAUUUACGCAGGCAUCUUUUAUCUUCUUGCAAGUGUCGAUUUAGUAGUCAUCCAUUACAAGGUUCAUUGUCCGAUUCAAUGUUGAUCGAAGUUAAACCAGAAGUCGAAGUAACAGAAUACAGUGAUCAAUCAGCCAAUCAUGGAACUGACAGUGGGAAUAAUAGUGAACGAAUUAUUUGUAAACCCAGUCCGCUUCCUUCGCCGAUAUCGCGCGAAUCUAAUGUUGUAUCUCCGCGCAGCAAUGCACCGUCCUUCUUCAUGGAAUUCAUUUUAGGAGAUGGGCAAUCGAAAACAAGGAACAUGUCAGAUCAACCAAUAUCUUGUCCAUUAUGUGGUGCGAUGUUACGCCAAUCAAGGAACUUAAGAAGACAUUUGGAAUUAUUACAUUUUGGACUUGGCAAUGGUAGCAAAGCUGGCCUACAUGUGAGACAUCGAAGGAACGACAGAGGCGGAAAUUAUUUUAGACCAUCCUUGCCAUGCAUUCGUACACCGCACGCACCUAGAACGGACUCUCAUCAUCCAAGAGCUAACGAACAUACGGAUUUCCCCACGAUGACACCUUUAUCUGUUCCUUCGACGGUGAGCUCUGGUAAUCUCAUGGGACCAGGUUCGAGUGUAUUAGGAUCAGCUGAACAAAACGCACAUUCCAUAUCUACGGCUACUUCCUGCGGCGUAUCCAUGGGACCAGCCAACAACGGGAUUUAUACGUCAGAUACCAGUGCCAGUAUGCUUGGCUGUUUACUACCAUCUUUGCCUUCACUGCCUUCUCUUUCAUCUCCGCAUGAUGUUUUUCGACAUGGUGAAAUGUUACGAGCAUAUCAUGAUCCUUCAAGACAACAUGCAAGACAUUUGCAACGUACCGACGUUACCUAAUUUUUACGACCUUAUCGUUAAACACGAACAUUUACGUUUUUAUGUUUAUAAUUCUAUUAGAGAUUUUCUUU